UAUAUAUUAAAUUCGUAUCUACUCGUUCAAAUCGUUAAUAUUUAUUUUCUUAGUGAAGUUUCUCAUUUGAGAAGGCGUGGCGAAAAGUAUUUGGUGGGGAUAGAACGUUUUCAGAUGUCUUCUAUCCAUCCAUCUAUCGCCAUAUUAAAUGGUAGCUCCCAUACGGAGUGAGCUUCUUGCAUUACCUCUGAGAGAUUUAGCUUAUUUUGUAGUUGUGAGUGGUUGCAGGUCUUCUUUCAGUUAAUAUAUGAUUUCUUUACUGCCGGUUUCUUUAAAGGUCUGUUUUUAGAUUGAGAAAUGUCUACCGAUGUGCAAGAAAUUCCUCCCAAGGUCGAUACAGUUGCUGACAAGCAAUCCCGGCGGCGUAGCAAGGAUACGGAAAAAGCCCAUAGGCGAUCCUCCAACUUCCAGAACAAGAAAUUCAAGCAUGACCACAAGUUCAGGAAGCGAUCUCAGAGUUUCAACUCGGCCAAUGGGAAGUUCUUUCCACCUUACAAGAUGCGGAAGGAUUUCAGAACUAUCAUUCCACCGACCAAGUUCCUGUUGGGAGGAAACAUCAAUGAUCCCUUGAACUUGAACAGCCUUCAGGAUGAAGAGAUCAACAGAGCAAUGAAUGCCGUGACUCCUAAGUCAUCUCCACUUCCGACGCCUCGCCACCGCAAGGGGGAGAUUGAGGUCAUCAUUCCCCCAGACAUUACGGAUCCCCUGAACCUCAUUGCUGGAGACGAUGAUGCCACCUAUGAAGCCAUGCUGACAUCUCCUGUCAAGCGAACUCAGAAGCGUCAGAAGAAGAGUAAGAAACGAAAAAAUCACCGCUCGUCAUCUGGCGCUGGGUCGGGUAAAGAGGAUUCAAUUGAAGGGGCGAAGUUAGAUGAACCUGAUCCGCUUCUUGCUGUAGCACAGACGUCUGAAACUUCAGCUGAAGCCAGUUCAAAAAAUGAAACAGAAACAGCUGCUUCAACAAGUAAAGAGCCUCAAGCUCCUCCGCCACAAAAGAAAAAGUCGGAUGGUGCCAAUAAACGAGCCAACUUGCGCAAGAUGGAGCUUAAAGACCACAAAGCUGAUCUGGACAAAAUUGUGAGUCCUGUCAUACCGCAACCUGGCGCGUGGAACGAUAGGCAUCGGUUCAGGCCUCCGCCACAACGCACACCACAGAUCAACAAAGCUAAAGCCACACCAAAAUUCAAAGAGAGUAAUUCAAGGUUUCAGUAUGGAAAUUACAACAGGUAUUACGGAUAUCGCAACCCAAAUGCCGCACCAGACAUGCGACUGAAAGUGUUAGAGAAACAGAAGCAUCUGUUCGCGGGCAAGGAUGUGUUGGACAUUGGUUGUAACACUGGACAUCUGACACUUGCCAUUGCAAGAGACUUUGGGCCCAACAAGGUUGUAGGCCUGGACAUAGACCGCUCACUGAUCGACAUCGCCCGAGUCAAUAUCAAACAUUACGUCAAUUGUGGCAAGAAGGACAAGUACUUCCCUGUCUCGAUGCCCAUUGUCUACGGACCUAUUGAUGUACCUGGUGCCAGUCCGGGCAAGGCAUUCCCUAACAACGUCUCUUUUGUUGUGGGUAACUACGUGCUGGAAAACGAUGUUCUCGUAUCGAUGGAGCAACCUCAGUUUGAUGUCAUCUUGUGCCUCAGCAUCACCAAGUGGAUUCAGCUCAACUUUGGUGACGCAGGGCUCAAGAGAGCAUUCAGGCGUAUGUACGCUCAGCUGCGGCCGGGUGGGGUCCUCAUACUCGAGGCGCAGAGUUGGGGCUCGUACCAACGCAAGAAACAGCUAACAGCUGAAACAUGGAAGAAUUUCCACAAUACAGAACUAUUUCCUCAUAAGUUCACCCAGUUCUUGCUGUCUGAAGUGGGGUUCAGCUCGUGUGAGGUAAUCGGCACCUCCCUGCAUCAGAGUAGAGGCUUCCAGCGACCGAUCAAGCUGUUCGUCAAAGAGGAUCCAUCCUUCGACACCCCUGGGUACAGUGCCAACACUCCCAAGUACUAUAGGGACACGCCCGGUCGCAUCCAACCUUUCGCUAAUCAUGGCAGUAGUUACCGGGUGCCAGACAGUGUGCACUUUCCAUUUGACGACUUCAGUGGUGACAGCAGCUUCGCUUACGGUACUCCUAGUUCAUUCAAUUCGCCUGAAAGUGGCUUCUCCGAGGGGCUUCACUCUCAGAGGUAUGUGCCAAGGGUUGGACCAAUGGUCGGGGAUGACAUCUUUUUGGAACCAGGAAAUGCUCAGAACGGAAGGCAAUUACCAGCGGACCCUCCAAACUCAGUAGACCGGAUGGAAACUCCAAGCUUCUCGGGAGACAGAAUUGAAACUCCAAGCUUCUCGGGAGACAGAAUUGAAACUCCAAGCUUCUCGGGAGACAGAAUUGAAACUCCAAGCUUCUCAGGAGACCGAAUGGAAGCUCCAAGCUUCUCAAGAGACCAAAUGGAAACUCCAAGCUUCUCGGGAGACAGAAUGGAUACUCCUACAUACUCAGGUGAACAUACGAGUACUCCAACCUUCUUGGAAGGAUCUUCACAAACUCCCAGCUAUUCUGAAGAUCCUGGUAAAACGCCAAAUUACUUAGGAGAAUCGAGACCUACAUCGGGAACUAAGUUUGACGUAUCUGAAGAAGAUAGCACCAAUCUGUCCUCAUCGGGCUCUAGCAGCCGGGAGACAAAUUCGGAAGAAAACAUUGAUAAAUAUGAAGAUGACAAAGAAGAAGAGAAAGAAAAUGUGAUAGAAACUAGUGUUGAAGAGAGCGAGGUUUGUGACAGGUCUGAAUCUGAGCGGCAACUUGAAAAUAAGAGUGAAAGUGAUACCACCACUACACCAUCUAGGAGUGAAAGUGAUACUAACACUACACCAUCUAGGAGUGAAAGUGAUACCACCACUACAUCAUCUAGGAGUGAAAGUGAUACUACCACUAAAUCAUCUAGGAGUGAAAGUGGUACCACCACUACAUCAUCUAGGAGUGAAAGUGAUACUACCACUAAAUCAUCUAGGAGUGAAAGUGGUACCACCACUACACCAUCUGAUGAAAGCAGUGUCAGAAUGGAUGAAGUUACAAUCACUGAGAGACAAUCAUCUAGCACUGGUGAUAACGUUGAAAUUCAAAAUAGUGAGACAACAUCGACGACAAUUGUUUCCAAUGAUGAGUUACUUAAGGGUGAUGAAUCUGAUUUGAAACAAAGUGAACUGAAUGCUGAACUCGAUUCAGAAAAAUCUAAGAAUGAAACAGAUGGUUAAUCUGAACAUACGAUUGUGAUUUACGACUAGGGUUAUAUCUUUUGAAAAGAAAUGAGAGCUAAUGGAUUCCAAAGAAAAAUUUUUAUAUUGAAAAACGAUAGCAUAGUUUUGUGCAGAUUACACUUAAUUUGUAAAAAAUUUACUUAUUAACUAUAAGCUGAAAAAAGCUGUUCCCAUCUUAUUUUUUUUUUUUUGUUUUAUUGUAAAUAUGAAAAUAUAUUUUAAUAAUUUAUUUCAAUAUAAAGAAAUGUAAAUAUUAUGUUAUUAGUCGUAUGUUCUUGUUACCUUAUACCUGUUGUAAUAUUUAAUCUUGUCAUACAGUAAGAAUUCAGUUUGAAUAUAUUGUGUGAAUAACUUUAGUGGUGACUUAUGGUCACUUUGUCAAAAGGCUGUUCGUGUUUGAAUGAUGUCAAACUAAAAAAAGUGCUUUCUAAUAAGUUGUAUUUUUAAUAAAAAAUAUAAACAGAAUGAUAGUAAAUCAUUCCUUUUUAUUUUGUUAUUGAUAAGAAGUUAAAUUUUUAUUUUUAUUGUAAUCUUUUCCGUAACAUGCUUAGUUGAUUGAAUUGCUAUUGGUUAUUAAAUUUUAGUUGGGCUAUUUUGCUGAAUUCAUUUGUUAAUGUAAAUGCUGACUAUUAAUUUAUGUACAAUUGAAUUAUUAAAAUAUAAAUUUAUUUGUUAAAAUUGUA